AUGGCUGGAAAACGAGCGACGAGCUCAAUACUCGUCCUCCUCCUCACCGUCUUCUUCCACCUCGUGACCAUGGCCUCUAGCGAGUCCGAGUCCGAGAUCCUCCUCAAAUUCAAGGAGUCCCUCAAGAACGCCGAACCCAUAUCUGGAUGGGCCGGGCCGGGCCAGCCCUGCAGUGGCUGGCCCGGGGUCAUUUGCGGAGGAGGGCGCGUUUGGGGGCUGAAGCUCGAGAACAUGGGCCUUGGCGGCACGGUCGACGUCGACUCCUUAUCCAAACUUACGGGCCUCCGGACCGUGAGCCUCAUGAACAACGAGCUCGAUGGGCCCUUGCCCAAGCUGUCGAAGCUCGGCGCCCUUAAGAGCAUCUACCUGUCGAACAAUAAGUUCUCGGGAGAGAUAGCGGCUGACACAUUUGACGGGAUGAUGUCGCUGAAGAAGCUCCACCUGGCAAACAACCGAUUCACGGGCAAGAUCGCAGUGGGCCUAACUGGACUGCCCAAGUUAGUCGAGCUCAGGCUCGAGAACAACGCUUUUGAAGGGGAGAUACCCGAUUUUCCGCAGAAGAGGCUCCGAGCUUUCAACGUGUCCGACAAUCAACUGGUUGGGGAGAUCCCACGUCAACUCGGCCGUCUCAAUGCUUCGUCUUUUUCAGGCAACUCGAACCUAUGUGGGGCCCCCUUGGCCCCGUGCACCACUAAGAAACGCCUACCACUCGUAGCCAUAAUCGUGGCCGCCGUCGUAGUGGCGGUGGUCGUGGCGUCCCUCCUUGUCGUGGUCGUCAUCCUCCGCCGCCGCCACCGUCACAAGAAUCCGGGCACCGGCCAGCCGGACGGGACCCGAACCGCAGCCAAGGACAUGGCAGACUCCGGGGACCUCGAUCGGAUGGAGCGGGGUCAAGGGUCAGCAUCCCCAGGGAGGCCCGGGGUUCGUCUGACGUUCCUAAGGGAGGGAGUGGAUAUGUUUGACAUGCCGGACCUACUCAAGGCAUCAGCGGAGGUGCUCGGGAACGGGUCAUGCGGGUCGACGUACAAGGCCGCUCUCGGGAGCGGCAAGGUGAUGGUCGUCAAGAGGUUUCGGCAUAUGACCACGAGUAGCCGGGAGGAGUUCAACGAGCACAUGAGGCGGCUCGGGAGGCUCGGCCACGACAACGUGCUCCCCGUCAUCGCAUUCUACUACCGCAAGGAAGAGAAGCUCCUCGUGGCUGAGUACGUACCCAACGCUAGCCUUGCCGCACAGCUUCACGGCAAUGGAUCCAGUGGCCAGCCGACCCUCGACUGGCCCACCCGACUCAACAUCAUCAAGGGCGUAGCCAGAGGUCUCCAAUACCUCUACCACGAGCUCCCGAGCCUAACGACCCCACACGGCCACCUCAAGUCCUCCAACGUCCUCCUCGACUCUUCCUUCAACCCUCUCCUCACCGAUUACGGCCUCCUCCCCAUCAUCAAUCCGGACCACGCGCACUCCAACACGACCUCCCACAUGUCCCCCGAGGCCAAAUCCUCCGGUGGCCGGAUCACGAAAAAGUCUGACAUAUGGAGCCUCGGCAUCCUCAUCCUCGAAACCCUAACUGGGAAAUCCCCAUGGGAAGGCGAGCCAGACUUGGCAGCUUGGGCAGCCACCGCCAACUCGGAGGCGCUCGACCCAGAGGUUGCGAGCUUCGCCAACCGGGGGGAGAUGACGAAGCUACUGAGGGUGGGGCUGAGCUGCUGCCAAGUGGACCCGAACGCACGUCCCGAGAUCAAGGAGGUUGUGGAUAAGAUCAACGAGGUGAAGGAGAAGGAAGGAGACGACGACUUCUACUCGUCGUACGCCAGCGAGGCCGAUGGGCGGUCAUCGAGAGGCCUAUCGGACGAUUUCAAGACAGUCAAUAUAUAG